AUGGAAGACGAUCCCAACGCUACUUUCCGCCCUGACAUUCCCUUUCGCACCAUGAACUUCAGACUUCCUUCGGCAAGGAAACUUUCCAUCGUCCUUCUCGCCACAUUCGCACUGUUCGCCGCACUCGCCGCUACCUCCUCCUUCACAACUAUAACCGCAUUUGCAACCUCCGCUUUCAAAUUGGCAACCUUCGCCCUCAAGUUCGUGCCUUCCCAAGGCAAAGCACCUAUUCAGAUCUCGAACGUCACGUUCAACUACAUGGCUAGCGUCGCGGACGACGGAAAGAAUAUGAUGGACUUGUCAGCCUGGGUCCACAGCAUAAUCCUUUCGGUGACACAAAAAGUCUCCAUGAUUCUCAAAUGGUUACUGGUCCUGGCACUGUUUGUGACACACCUAAUUGUCUGUGCCAUACUACGCGAGGAGGCUGAGAAGACAAAGGCACCUGGAUCUGUCGCAUGCAUCGUGCCCAUCCAUGCCCCAGGUAAUACGGCCGACGAAGUGCGCAUCCAUGCCCCAGGAGAUGCGGCCGAUGGAGUGCUUUUACACAAGAAGAUGACCACAACGGUUGAGCAAAUUGAGACGCCGUGGUCGAGUACAGUCUACAAGACCGUUACCGAGACUCACCACUUUAGCACGGCGGAGUAUCGAGGCAUCGACAAGUAUAUCAUCACAGCAAUGGAGGCUAAGGGAUCGACAUGGAUCUGGGACGGAAAUUGGUAG